CUUUUUGUUAAACUAAUAAUUCUUGUUUCUGAUCUCUGGGAAAAAUCUCGUCUCUCUUUAAAAUGCACGAUCGAGAGAGUAUCUUUUUUCUUAAACAUAUACCAAAACAGUGACUAAAUCUUAAUAGAAUAUUUUAUUUCUGAGUAAAACGCACACUCAAUCCCAUUAGCGGUAUCUUAAACCCCAAGGCGAGUAUUCAAAUAUUUCAUUCCAGCAAUGAUUUGACUAUCGAUGGCUGACGCCACUGCCACUGCCACUGCCGCUGCCACCGCCACUUCCCUCUGACCAAUGAACUAUGACAGUGAUUUAGAGUGAUAUUUAAGUUCCAAUGAAAUGGCCGGUAAAAAUGUGACCCGAAAGCCUGAGUAAUCAGUUUUUAUAGUUUGUGCAAAAAGGUAUCCUAAAUACAAUCGUACAAAGGCUAUCAAUCUUCAUGUGUCGCCGUAAGUAACCGUGAUUUAUGCGAUUUAGAGCAUAUGGACUCUCUCGCACUCCCAAAGGCGACGAUCUCUUUCCGCAUUGUCUGGCAAUUAAGUGGCAGACAUAGACCAUAGACCAUAGACCGUAGACCCCAUGAUUCAAUGAUCGCCGCACUAUUCAAUGAUUGUCCGGCACUUCACGCUAAGCAUUACCAUUACCAUUAGCAUUAACAGUCUUUCCUUUUGGCCAAUAGUCAGGCAUAAUGUUUUUUCUGGCACUGUUACCCCCCUGUUAUAGAGUAGAAUUUAUGAGUGCUCUGCUAAUUCGCUGGAAUUGCGUAAACAAAACAUUUUCGCAUGCGGAGAGCUUUCUUUUUUCGGCCGACGGCGACAGGCGUAGUAAAACCUUAUCUUAAUUAUAGAUCAAUUAUAGUAGUGGUAGCCGUCACAUGAAUGCUUAGGAACAGAACCGAACAGAACAUCAUUAAUUAUAAGUGCGAAAAUUCGGUCGAACAGAUGUGUGCUGUGCAAAAAAAAAAAAACGGUAGGCCCUGAAAUGGAAUGGAUUGUAAUGAUUUUUGCAACUCCAAUUGGGUUUUUAUUUACCCUUUUGUUGGGCCCAAACCAGACAUAUCUGUGGAACCGACCUCCCAAAAAAGUGAGAGACGUGUCUGAGACGUAUAGAGAGAGAGAGAGAGGGUGUAUGGGUAAUUAUUUCGUAUUAUUUUAUACAAAUUGCACAAUUACAAUUAAAUUAUACGGCAAAGCGUAAAAUGUCUGAUUAAUGACAAACUGGGGAGGAGGAGGGCCGGCCGGGAUGGGAUCGCCAGCGGAACAGAUGUGCGCGCUGAUAUUCAAUUUAUAUAUAUAUAUUUUUUUUGUAUACAAAAUAAUAAUUAUAAUUAUGGUUAAAUAAUUACUGUAUUGGGACCAGCAAUAUGUGUCUGCACCAGCAUUCAGUAUCAUGACUGACGCCUUUCUGCUGGGAUUAUUGGUGUUCUCGGCGGCGGUGGCCGUUCUCUUGGAGCCCCUGCUGGCGACAAGAGACUUUGAGAUACGUUGGCGCACCAUCAACUGCACGGCCAUUGACCCGGCCACAACGGCCGCCUUUCACUGCCUGAUCGUGGAGCUGCCCAAGCGGCAGGGAAACUUCUUGAACACCCGACUCCUGCUCAACCGACCCGUGCCCAAGAUGUGGGUGGAGAUGAGCGUGGGCCAGGUCGGUGGCACUGGCACUGUCCAGAACCUGAUGAAGGUACGCGUGGAUGCCUGCCAUCUGGUAGGAUUCCGCAGCAAAAAUCGUAUACUGAAUGCCGUUCUCGGGAAGCUACUGCAGUCGGGCAACUAUCCCAAGGCCUGUCCACUAUUGGGGAAUGUCAACUAUACGUCCACACAUUUUGCCCUCAAUCCGGAUCACUUUCCAGCCUACAUGCCGGACAUGAAGUUCAACACGAAAUUGGUUUUCUAUCUGAGCAAGAAUAUCACCCUGAUUAGGGCCAGUGUGGAUGCCGAGGUAAUGAGGCGAUCGUAGAUACAUACACAGUCCAGCCACAGGCAUAGCCACGGCCACAGCCACAGCCACCGCUUCCAAUAGAGAGAAACUCAAAAACCAAAUCCAAAAACCAUGACUAACUUGGGAACGGAGAGUGACUAAUGGCCUUGGUAUGAUUAUUAUCCAUGGCAUUCUCUAGAUUAGAGCCGUGUCUAAAGCUAAAGCAAAUAAUAAAUCUGAGGAAUGCCUUAUUGAUAUAUAUAUAUUUUUUUAUCAGUCUUCAGGGUCUGUACUAUGAUACCCUAUUCCAUGAAAUUCCGCGUGCACAGUCCAUCUUCGUCGUGGCCAAAGCGAUGUAGAUAGUCCUUAAGGUACGUCUUUAUGUACCGUACCCGUGGCAUCUCAUCUGAGUUGCCGUCGUGCCUCCGUGAAACCCGUGCCCCGACUACGCCGUGUGCCAAACGGUGUGUCUGCUGCAGGUGCUCUCUAAAUGACGGAAAAUGGAGUGACUUCUCGAAUUUCUGGAAAUUUUCCACCUUGCAUGGCUCUGCACAACUGUACCUCCGACACAUUCCUUUCCUUCUCUGCUCUCCGCAUUUUAGUUGGUGGCGGCUUGUUUUCGGUUUCUCUAUUUUGUUGAUAUUGCGGGUGCAAAAAAAUAACAGAUUAAGAGCUAGGGCUCUGGCAUUUAAAUUAAGAAAAUGACGUGAGCCCGCUGACCAACGGUAACAGAUUUAGCCGAAAGAAAAGUGCCCCACGAGACGCACAAAACGCUAGGAGCGCGUCUUUACGCUUUGUUUUCAGAAUCAGAAUCAGUUUUUUUUUUUUCAUAUGUUUGUUCAAUGCAAAGUUGUUGAUUCAUGGACGGCAGGCAGGUCUCUUAUCGGUGGGAAUACGUCAUUUAUUUAGUGGUAAAGAGCCAAAAAGGGGUUUGCUAUUUGAGUUCUAUGGGAAAUAUCCCAAUAUUUUAAUGGGUCAAUGCCAUUAGCAUGAAAGCCACAACAAAGGUCACCAUGGAGAGGUGCAGAAAGGUGGUGUCAUGGGGCUGGCAGACAGGAGACCCACCCCAGACAACUCCCAAAACGACGGGGGUAAAGUCUGAAAUAGCUCACUUAGUGGGUUAGUCACAAGAGGCCUUUGAUGGGGGAGAGGGGCUUACUCAACGCGCAAGAAUGCAGGCCGGCAUUCUGCUGUAGUUCUCGAUUUCAUUCCGGUAAUGGAAAACUGUUUUUUGAGGGAUGGAGCCCCAGGUAGAGUGCCCCAAUUUGAGAGUAGUUUCUUCUAGAGAGAGCGCGAGAGAGAGAGAGAGUGUAGAAUGCGGUACACCUCUGCCCCUACCCCUACCCCUAGCCCCCACCUCUACCUCUGGUUUACCAUUUGUUUGCGCCAUUCCGAAGUUCACUUUAUCGUAUUCAUCUGGAUGGAAUUUAUUUGGCAAACACUUGGGGCUCUGCCAUAACAAAACAAAAACUAGCUGUAGCUCCGGCUCCGGCUCUAGCUGUAUCUGUAUCUGUAUCCGUAUCUGUAUCUGUCGUUGUGUCACCACUUUUGAUAAGAAUGCCACCAGAUUAAGAUGGAAUUCCAAAUAAAAGUGUGUUUGCGUCGUUCUUUUGUAUUUCCACUUCUUUGCUCCUUCUUCUAUUCAAAAUCAAGACUCCACUACGCCACUCGAAGGUUAAGUUCAUUCGAUUUUGUGCAAGAUUAAAGCACAUUUUCCUCCAGAUAUGAAUCAUCGACGGAUAGAUGGUCACAGGGUGGACUGAUGGGGAAACUUGGGCGAGAAACUGCUUGAUGUUGGGCUUCUUUCCUUGUUUUCCACAAAGAUGACUCUCUGAGAGUCUUGCCUUACAUAUUUCCGUAUAAAGAACAAGCCAGAGAUAUCUCUAUCAACUUUCAAAGACUCUUUUAAUGCGGUUCCUAAAUUAUUGAGUUUCUUCCGAUUCCUGACCUAUAUAAUCUCCAAACCCCCACGCAAAAAAACACUUAGUUCAGACGCCAAACGACGCUAACAUUGAACGACAAAGAGUGUGUGCGAGAGAGACAGGAAAUCAGUCAGAACGUGUCGUCGGACUGCAAAUUGAUCCGAUCUGAUCCAGAUUCGGCAGUCUUGUAGAUAUCGUCAUUCUCUAUGAUUGUGCGUAUUUUCAAAAUUGUGCUUUAAUAGUGCUCUGAGAUCUGUGGAUGCCACAGGCUUACGUCCUUUGCGGGGGGGGGCGUAGGGGGACGGAUGGACGGACAUGACUCAAUCGACUCGGCUAUUGAUGCUGAUCAAGAACGCUUUCUUCUGGGCUCGUCCUCCACUUUCGCCACAAGUCGAACAUACCCUCAAACUUAUUUUGAUUAUCGGGUACAAAAAAUACGCACACACAUACAAAUACAGACUUUACGCCGCCUUUUUGAAUUAUCAAUGAAAUUUCGAAACGAAAACCAAAACAAAACCCAAAGAGAAUCAAACAUUAAAGCAAAAGAAAUAAAGAGCGAUAUACCGACUAUCAGAUACCCCUAUAUCGCUAUUCAGAUCUGAACGGAGUUCAAUCAGAAGAAUAUAUAAUCAGUAUCAUCCAGGAUUCAAUCAGUAUCAAUUCAGGAUGAUCUGCCAAUGAGGAAGGAAGUUCCGAAUGUUCCAAAUAUUGGAUGCCACAGAUGAUAUUCAAUGUUGCGUAUAUACCCCCACAAGAAGCGCAACAUGUGGUUGAGCGAGAGAAGCAAGCAAGAGGCCAGAGAACAGAGAGCUCUCCCUCUCCCUCUCCCUCUCCCUCUGGGGGAGAAAUCGCGAAUGGAAAUAGUUUCAGAC